GAGAAAGGGCGGAGCGCAGAGCAGUGAGGCCAGUGUCCAGUCUUAUAUUUCUGGCUGCUUUGGUCACGCACUGAUUCAAUGAACGGCACAAUGGCUGCUUCGUCGAACAGGAUCAUGCUGGGCCCCCUCGUAGCUGCUAUCGACCAAGGCACGAGUUCCACACGUUUUCUGGUUUUCAAUGCAAAAACAGCAGAGCUUCUCAGUCACCAUCAGGUUGAGAUCAAACAGAGCUUUCCUAAAGAGGGCUGGGUGGAGGAGGAUCCAAAAGAGAUUCUUCAAUCUGUGUAUGAGUGUAUGGACCGAACCUGUGAGAAACUGACCCAGCUCAACAUUGACAUCUCGAACAUAAAAGCUAUUGGUGUGACCAAUCAGAGGGAAACCACCCUUGUUUGGGACAAGGAAACAGGAGAACCACUUUAUAAUGCUAUAGUUUGGCUUGAUCUGCGGACCCAGUCGACAGUAGAAAGGCUCAUCAACAAAACUCCAGGCAGAAACAAAAACCACCUCAAGCACAAGACUGGCCUACCCAUCAGCACAUACUUCAGUGCAGUGAAGUUACGCUGGCUGAUGGAUAAUGUGGAAAGGGUCCAUGAAGCCGUGCUCUCUCACAGGGCCAUGUUUGGAACCGUGGACUCCUGGCUUAUCUGGUGCCUGACGGGCGGGAAGAAGGGAGGUGUUCACUGCACAGAUGUGACCAAUGCCAGUCGAACAAUGCUCUUCAAUAUUCACACAAUGGACUGGGAUCCAGAGCUCUGCUCAUAUUUUGAUAUACCAAUGGAAAUACUGCCAAAAGUGAGAAGUUCUUCAGAGAUUUAUGGUUUAAUGAAAAUCAGCUCUAAUCUGAAAUCUGGCCCUUUAACUGGUGUCCCCAUAUCAGGGUGUCUUGGUGACCAGUCUGCUGCGCUGGUGGGACAGAUGUGUUUCAAGGAUGGACAAGCCAAAAAUACUUAUGGGACCGGUUGCUUCCUGCUUAAGAACGUAGGAACAAAGCCUGUAAUGUCGGACCAUGGACUUCUAACAACGGUCGCCUAUAAACUAGGGCGUGACAAGCCAGCCUGCUAUGCACUAGAGGGUUCUGUUGCUAUUGCAGGGGCAGUUGUGCGUUGGCUAAAGGAUAAUCUCGGAAUUAUCCAAACCUCUACAGAACUAGAGAAACUAGCUGCUGACGUUGGCACAUCAUAUGGCUGUUAUUUUGUCCCUGCAUUCUCUGGAUUAUAUGCUCCUUACUGGGAACCAAGUGCUAGAGGGAUCAUCUGUGGUCUAACACAGUUCACCAACAGAAGUCAUUUGGCCUUCGCAGCACAUGAAGCUGUCUGUUUCCAGACACGAGAGAUUCUGGAUGCAAUGAACCAGGACAGUGGUAUUCAUCUGUCCCAGCUCCAGGUUGAUGGAGGCAUGACGUCCAACCGGUUACUGAUGCAGCUGCAGGCCGACAUACUGUGUAUCCCAGUUGUAAAGCCAUCCAUGCCUGAGACCACAGCUCUGGGUGCUGCCAUGGCAGCAGGAGCAGCUGAGGGGGUCAGUGUGUGGAGCCUGAACCCAGAAGAUCUCACAGAGGUCACUUCCGAAAAAUUUGAACCCCAGAUUAACCCAGAGGAGAGUGAACUGCGAUAUGCUCGCUGGAAGAAAGCUGUUCAGAGGGCUAUGAACUGGGAAACCACAGAGCCAGUAAACAAUGGAAAUGAGGAGACUAGUAUCUUCAGUAGUGUUCCCUUGGGCUUUUACAUUCUGGGUAGCAUGUUUAUGUUAAUUGGAGCAAAGUACAUUGCAGCAGGGCAGAAGUAGACUUGAACCUUUCUGCAUUUCUGAAGACAGGAGAUAAAGUCAUUAGAAGGUCCAUGGCUUACCCCUUCAAACUCAAGAUGUGCUGUAGUGGCCUUGGCAAAAGACAUUCCAACUGAAAGAGUUGUUAAAGCUUCCUGCAGAUGUGGUACCUCAAAAUUAUAAAUUAAGACCGUGUAGCAGGAAGCUUAUAGACCGUAUCUGGUACGAUGACAUCAUUAUUUCUCACGUCUGUAUUACUGCAUACUGUUCUCCAGAAGGAGCUCCAUACUUUGGCGCUGAAGCUGCUGUGGCUUGGUGUUUCUGAUAUUUUGCAUGUAUUUUACAGUACAUUCUAAUGGAAUUGUCAAAGAAACUUGGCUGUGCAAAUCAGUCAUUGUCAAUUUUUUUUAAUGGCACUAACGGUCAUACAUUAACAGACGUGUGUCUGUGUAUGGUGGUGAAGUUUUAAUUUGAAGUUUAAAAGAGCAAGACGUACUAUAAGUACAAUUUAGUUACUUCUCAAACCUAUUCAGGAGAGUUUUAGUGCACUUUAUAAUGUAUUAUGCUGUUGUGUGUAACAGCAAGGGAACUGUACAAUCUCAUGUACAUAAAGUUGUGAUGUUUUUCCUCCUCUUUUACAUUUUCAUAUGCCUGUUUGGAAAUGUUUGUCAUUUCAUUGAAAAAAAAAAAAAAAAAAAACACUGUGUAGAAGUCAAGUUAACCAGUCCAAAACACUGUGGCCCUCCUGAUCGAAGUUGCACUACUGCAUAGUUUCUGCCUAUAAGAGAGACCAUUAAAACAGGAUGUCACUUGUGCAGUAUUGAGUCAACAUCUGAACAAUUACUAGAAAGUCUGUGUAAUGAUAUUUGAACAAACAUACUGUUUUGUUAACAAUUGUAGAGCACUAUUUUGUCUUAUUUUUGUCAAGUCACUGUAAUUUAAUCUUUAAAAUUGAGUGUGUAAAUUACACUACUGUGCAGCUCAAGGAAGCAAUGAUGUUAAAAUAUAAAAUUAAUUUGAUAAAAGUAUUUCCUUUCAGUUCAAGCAACUGAUUUCUGUUUAAAUAUCUAACUUGAACUGGUAAGGAAAUUUUCCAUCAUACAUGAUGUCUGUGUAAUGAAAUGUCACAAGUUCCACGACAAUGAAGAAUUUAUGAACGUAAAUGUUUAAACUUUUUUAAUUUUAAUAAUACCAUUGCCUAUUUAGUGGUCGUCUUUGAUGCAUAAGUUUGCAUUUUAAAAAGCCAAUCUGUUUUGUGAGAAGCAUUUGUAUAAUGAACUCUAAAUGGUACUUUCUUUGUCUUUGAUUUGUGUACAUGAAUACUUGAAAUGCAAAAGUAAUGUUUAAGAAAUUGUUUUACAAAACAGUAGCCAGUAUUACACUUCAGUAAUUUGUUUUCUUCACUGUAUGUGGUUUUGAUUGUUGAACAGGUGAAUUCAAAAUUAAGAUGCUUACAUAAGUUACAUCAGGGAUGUAGAUGUUAGUCACGCUGUGAUGUUCAUUAGGACAUCUUCCUGCAUUUCAGUUCUUUCACCAGGAUUUCAAAUAAAUUUUCGUCCAUUUCUAUUA